GUUGAUGUAUAUAGUAAUAUACAGUAUUUUAUUGUCUACUCCUCAAGAAGACCAAGGGGUCGAGCAGCUCUAGCUGCCUCAUACUCCACCUUUGUCAUUUCCGCACCAAACAACCACUGCGGGCGGACGACUGCUGGAGCCAACCGAAGCGCUCUUUCUCCCUCUCCAGGCUUUUUGUUCCACUUCAAGUUCCAACGUUCUUCACUCCUCGUUCUAUCCUACCACUCUCCAUAUACUGUCCUCCCUCCUCAACUCUUCUUUCUCCCCUCCUUUCUCCUUCCUCUCUCCCCCCUCCUUCACUUCCCCUCCCGCCAGAUCGUCCGAUUUCUGUUCCUUUCGCCGUCCCACGUUCCCCCGCCCAACCCCUCUGGAUUCUGACCCCCCGUCCUCGCGACUCCGCGUCAACCCAUUCUCCAUCUAGAACUCCUCUCGAAUAUCCUUUCUUCACCUUUCCACAGCUCAUCCUUCCACUUCAUCACACUAUCUAUCCUUCAACCUACCUACUCAAAACAUUCGAAAACAUGGAGCCUACUGACAUCGACCUCCACGAAACACCCGAUGCUGGUGAUGUCGACAUGAUGUCGCGUGAAGCUCCCGAAGACGAUGUCCCCGUCUCCGAAUCCAUGGAGACAGAUUCCCCCUCGCAACUGGGUCACGUGACUCUACGUGCAAUCAUUUCAUCCAAAGAGGCCGGGAUCGUGAUAGGCAAAGCAGGCAAGAAUGUGGCUGAUUUACGCGACGAAACAGGCGUGAAAGCCGGUGUGAGCAAGGUCAUUCCCGGCGUCCACGAUCGCGUCCUUACCAUCACCGGUCCUUUGGCUGGCACUGCGCGAGCUUAUGCUCUCGUCGCAAAGGGAUUGCUGGAAGGUGCCCCGCAGAUGGGCAUGGGUGGAAUUGUCUCCAAUAAUGGCACUCACCCUAUUCGUCUCCUAAUUUCCCACAAUCAAAUGGGCACCAUCAUCGGCCGCCAAGGUUUGAAGAUAAAACAUAUUCAGGACGCCUCAGGCGUGCGAAUGGUUGCUCAGAAGGAGAUGCUUCCCCAAUCUACUGAGCGUAUCGUUGAAGUACAAGGAACCCCCGAGGGAAUCGAGAAAGCUGUCUGGGAGAUUGGAAAGUGCCUAAUUGAUGACUGGCAACGCGGAACGGGAACCAUUCUGUACAAUCCCGCCGUUCGCUCAACAGUUGGAGGUAGCGGUGGCCAAGUGCACCAUAAUGGUGGAAAUGGAGAGAGCUUCAGCAGCCGACCUUACAACCGCACUGGUAACGGCGCUGACUUUAGUGACCAGUCCGGCGGUUAUGGCAGACGCUCGAACCCUGACACUGGCAACCGCGGUUACCCUCUUGUCACCGAAGACGGCGAGGAGAUUCAGACGCAGAAUAUCAGCAUUCCGGCUGAUAUGGUUGGGUGCAUCAUUGGUAGAGCUGGAAGCAAGAUCACUGAGAUCCGCCGGAGCUCUGGAGCCCGCAUUUCCAUUGCCAAGGCUCCCCAUGACGAGACUGGAGAACGCAUGUUCACCAUCAUGGGAAGCGCUCAGGCUAACGAGAAGGCUCUUUACCUUUUGUACGAGAACCUUGAAGCUGAAAAAACCCGCCGCAGCCAGCUGCAAGAAUAAUUCCUUGAGAUGCCUUGACUGACCGAUUCACCACUUCUCAAUCUUUCUUGCCCAAAUACCAGAAUUGUUUGCGUCACUUCCGCGUUCCUAAUAGCUUUCCCUGUCGCUCCUGUGUUUCUUCCUUAAUAUCUUCUACCGUGCAUCUUUCUGGUCAACCAGAAGCAAGGAAUACGCCGCAAAUUGCGCAUCACGCGAGCGUGAUGAGCUUCGCCUUAGUCAACUUCGUUGUUCCCUGGUGCUUUCUUGCCUCUGUUUGACCACUCCGUUCCUCACCCUACUUUCAUUGCCGCCGAUUGUCACCCAUCACCUGUCCUUUCUCGCCCAUCGCCUCCCAUAUCCUGAAACCAAUUACGAUUCCAAGAUUGACGACUUUGACUUGAAUAUCUUUAUUCCGUCUACUUGAGAUUUUCUCCUAUGUGGCACAGCUACCUUGAAAAUGUUAUGACGACCAUCAAAUAUGUGAAGCCUGCGCCAGCUUGUUAUUUCCAUUUCUUGUUGCUUCGAGCGGAAAACUUCAUCAUGCACAUUGAUGUCAAGUCUACCAGCUGGGAAACAAGAAAGCAAGGAAGGACGGCUCAAGCAUGGUCAACAAGCACCAUGUGAAUUUCGCGCAGCAGACGGCCGAGAGUAUAAGACGAAUGAUUAUGACCUGUCUUUGCCAUUCAAAUUUUUGUAGAUCGUAGUCUAUGGUAACCUUGUACGACUUUGGGUCUUUGGUGGAACUUGGAGUCUUGAAGGUCUCCAUUUGCUAUUGCUAGGAAAUAAGCAACAGGCACUAGCGGAAGCUAGUAUAGAAAAAGAUUAGUUUGAUCAACACAAUGGGCCAGACUGCAGGUACACUUUGUCUUUAAUUGUACGCACGCACAUAUCUACAUAACUCGAUACGGCUUCUUUGGCAUCACUUUCGGGCGGUCGUCUCAUGGCCA